AUGAGCUCACGCAGAAGGUCACGCCGCCGCAUGGGCUGCCCCAACUGUGGGGAUUUCGACUGGGAUCAGCUUCAGAGCAACCCCUUCGACGUCUUCUUCAGUUACCCCGACAAAAUAGCGCAUACAGCUUCAGAAGGCUGCGCUACAUGUGGCAUCCUGCUAAGGUCAUUGCAGCAUUGCUAUCCUUACGUGUUUGACAAGCCUGAAGAGUAUAGGCUCGCAUUUCAUGGUUUCGAAGGGCCGAUGCGCUGGGAUUUGUUUCAUCCUGGUGAAGACAUUCGAGCUGUUUCCAGAACAAACAGGUUCAUUGAACUAUUCUCUCGUCGAGACGAUUAUUGUCCCUGGGAUGAAGUUGGGGCUGCCGAUCACUUCAAUUUCGACCUCGAAAAUGCCAUCCAGCAAGCCCAUAUAUGGCUAGAAAGCUGUCGCAACAGCCAUCCAAAAUGUGCUGUUCAAUACUCUGGAACUCUUCCUUCGCGAGUCGUUCGAAUUAUACCUCAGAGUAACCCUGCCGACCCUCUCAAUCACCCAAAAGUAAAGCUCCAUGAGACGACCCAAGGAGAAACAGGGCAAUACAUCACCCUAAGUCACUGCUGGGGCAAGAAUCCCAUCAUCACAACAAAGACAACGAAUAUUGAUCAGUAUAAGAACGAAAUUCCAUGGGGUGAACUAUCCAAGACAUUCCAGGAGGCCAUCAUAUUUGCAGGUCUGAUGGGUGUUGAGAGCAUUUGGAUUGAUUCCUUGUGCAUCAUUCAGAACAGUGCUGAAGAUUGGUCCGCAGAAGCUGUCAAGAUGGCUUCAUACUAUUGCAACAGCGAGUUUACCAUUGCCGCGACAGCCUCGACUGACGGAGCUGGGGGUCUAUAUCACCCAACUCCCCUCGUCGAAACUGCUAUCGAAAUUGAGGGAUUUGACCCCAAAACUCAGAGCGAGUUUCGUGUGGGAGUACGGAGACCCCUAGCUCAUCUUCACGACGCUUUGGAGGAUCGCACCAAAAUCGUGGACCGAUUUCCACUCUUAUCCAGAGGCUGGGUGUAUCAGGAACGGGUCUUAUCACGACGAUUCCUCCACUUCGGACCAAGAGAAGUUCACUGGGAAUGCCACGAGGAAGUUAAUUGCCAAUGCGGCGGUGGUAAAGCUGCUCUCGAGAUGAAUCCCUCCGGAGCUGAGACCUCAAACCAGGCUCUCGCCAUCACCGAAGGAAAACUCGCAGUCGACAAAAUCAUGUUUCUCUGGCUUGAGCAGAUCGAGAACCUCACCAGUCUGAACUUCACUCAUAUUAGUGAUCAACUUCCAGCUCUCUCUGGAAUUGCAACUUUGAUGAGACAGUCUCAGCAACCUGGGAGAUAUCUUGCUGGUCUCUGGGAAGAAGGGUUGCUCUUUUGGCUCUGCUGGGCGACUCAAAAAUCUGGGCAGCCAAGGACAUUGAAAGACACACCUUCAUGGUCUUGGGCGUCUAUUCAGGGUCACAUAUCCUUUUCCUUCAUCGAAGCGUACUUUAUGAAAGGUCCUUGGGGUCAGGCUGGCCACGACAACAUGCUACUUGUGAACGCAGCUCAAGUCAGCAUGAAGCAAUGCGUUCCUAGCAAUCCUUCGCUUUCAGGCAAGCUCGAAGAGGCAGUGCUGAAGGUCGAUGGACUAGUUGCUCCUGUUACUCUGAAUUGCAGGCAGGAUCAAGGUUCUGGCGAGGAGGUUUUCGGUUUCUGUCUCAAGUACCAAAACGCUGCAUCUUCUGGUGACUCAGCACCAGAUAUUUGCUAUCCUUUUCAGUGGGACAUCACCAAAAGGGACUACUUGACUUGUCUCGACGGUAAACCUGCUCUGCUAUUACACUUCCUCAGCUAUGAGAAGCUAGAAGCAGCUUAUGAAGGCCCAGAUUGGAUGCGCUCAUUCCUGAUAGUCAGACCCGUGGAUGAGAUGGAAGCGAGGUAUGAGCGAGUGGGCAUUCUCUGCACAGACGUGACAGGAGGGUUUCUACCAAGUAAGGCCUGGAUUGCCUUGGGGGAAAAGCAAAAAUCAGGACAUGCAGCAGUUCGCGAUGAGUUUUUGCAAUACUUCAGAACACUGUCUAAUCAUCGGACACUGGACAUCAUUUAA